AUGGGCAACUUCAAUGUCACCAAAUUCAUCCAAGAAAGAGAUCCAGAAACGGGGAUCACGCUAGACAUGUUGGUCUACAAUGAAUGCAUCAGAGACAUCAACUGUAUUGAACCUUCUAAUUCAAGUAAUCUAUUUUCAUGGUCAGCUACUAGAGGGUUAGAGGAAAUGAGGAAGAGUCGCAUUGAUCGUGGGUUGAUCAACGAGAAAUGGCAGAUCUCUACCCAAGAAGCCAGAUACAAUGAUAUAUCAAAAAGGGUAGAGGAAGCACGAGUAAAAUUGGAGAAUAUUCAAAGAAAAAGCUUGAGGAUGCAGAACCUACCUAAUAAUCAAGCUGAGGAGAAAGAAGCACUGACAAGUUUCAGAGAUCUUUACUCAAAAGAAGAAAGUUUUUCAAGCAGAAGUCUAGAGAAAGGACAAGAAGUAGUUCAAAAGAAAGCUAUCACUUAUUAUAAGGGUCUAAUUGGAACAAAAAUCAGUAACGAAGGACUCGAUGCCAGACUUAGGGUGUUGCAACAGAUUGUUCUAAGAAGAAUCGCCAAUGAGGAUGCUAAUAAGAUGGUAAAAAGGGUUAGUCAAGAAGAGAUCAAGAAUACUUUGUUUACGAUGAAAGGAGGUAAAAGUCCAGGGCCAGAUGGAUACAAUGCGAAUUUCUUCAAGGAAAACUGGGAUAUAGUUGGGAAAGAUUGUGUUUCGACCCCUCACUUCAUUGUUAGCAUGAAUGGCAUACGUAGUGGCUUCUUUAAGGGUGAAAGGGGAGUAAAGCAAGGAGAUCCUUUCUCACCUUACCUCUUCGUUCUUAUUAUGGAUAUCCUGGACUUUCACGCAGAUGUUGAAUCUGUUAAUACAAUCAAGGAAGCACUGACAAUGUUUUCUAGUAUUACAGGUUUAUUCAUUAAUGAAUACAAAAGUCAUGCUUUCUAUGGAGGAAGAAUGAAAGAGAAUCUGAAGCACAAUAUAUUUAAUAUCAUGAGGAUAAAAGAAGGAACGCUUCCAGUCAAAUAUCUUGGAGUCCCCUUAUCUGCAAAUCAACUUCAAAGCUCACAUUUUCGCCCACUUAUUGAAAAGGUUAGAAAUUCUAUCUUAGGUUGGGCUACAAAAAACUUGUCUUACGCGGGAAGAAUAGAGCUUGUGAAAAGAGUGACUAUGGGAAUCAUUGGCUACUAG